AACAGCCUAAUAGUGCCACCUACUGUCUUGGAGUGCAAACAAGGACACUGGAGCAAAAUAUUCUCAAACCGUGUUGCCUAGGUUCUGCCUAUGCGAUCCACUAUGUAUGCUGUCAGCUAAGGUCUCAAAUAAUUCCUAAUUACUUCCCCGUCCCUGUUUUCAAGCGUGGGAAGGCACAGUUGUGGUAGACCGCUACAGUCCUAUAACUGUCGUCACAUUUAACAUGUAUAAAUUAUAGGAAAAAAUCAUGUGGCCAAGCUGUUCUUUAUUUAGGUAAAAGAUUGUCUGGUGGAAACCAGAGUGGCUUUUGUAAGGGCUAGUGCAGGCAAACAUUGCCACUGACCAUGUGGGAGGUAGUACUUCCGGUCUUUUAAAUCUAAAGAUUAUAUGUUAAUAGAAAGAAGUUCAAGUGAUUCUGUUGGACAACCUGGGAGUGGAGAAUUGAAUGCUUAGGUUCGUGUUAAGCUGGACAAUAAAAGUUAUGGUUGGGGCCUGCCACGGAGGACAAGAAUACAGCUAAGAAGAGGAAGGGAUGAAGAGAAAGAAAGGGGAAAGGAAAAGAGAGCAAAAACACAGAAACUACCUAAGCAUGCAGAGAAGGAAACAGGAAAUGCAGAGUCACAGAGUCACAGAGUAACAGAGUCACUAGAAAAGAACAGUUUGAUCAUUUUCUUUUUUGACGGGCGGGGGACUUGUACAAGCCGUCUGUUGCAGGUGGGUGAGGAAAUAGGAGCAAGGACCCCACGUGUCAUGGCCAUAUUUAUCUGCCCAGUAUGGUGUCCGCGGUACUGACAACCCCAGAUCUGGUGAAAAGGUUAAUGAGUGCCAGAGGCGAUCUGCAGGUCUUACUAGUGGCCCUCUCUGCAUCAGUGCUGCUUGCCCAAGUCAACGGAGCACCCCAGAGGGACAUGCUGGCCGAACUCCUGCGUACGGAUGUUACAGAGGGUAACGAGGACCUCUCCCGCAUGCUGUUUCUGAAGAUCGUGUCUGACCUGAUGAUGACGGGGGACAACAAGGUCCUGCCUGAUCCACGUCCACGGUCCACGGAGGAGCUGAGAAUUCACCAGGAUGUGGCUCGCCAGCUGCCCCUCUCCCAGCGCGAGCGCAAAGCUGGCUGUCGGAACUUUUUCUGGAAGACCUUCACCUCAUGUUAGCACGUAGCACAAUGUAGUCCCUUGCAUCAAUAUCAGACCAGUUAUCUUCUUUUUUUUUUGCACUUACUUGAAAUAUGUUGUAAUCGUGUCUGUAUGAAUGCAGAAAGUAUUGACUAACUAGUCCUGUCUUGGAGACCAACUGUUCCACCAUUAUCUGCAGCAAUGGGAUCCACUUUGGUCUUUGACAUUUAGAUCAAUAUUAUCCAGAUAUCAAGUGAGUUUGCUCUUUAGAAGUUGAAAUGAAUUAGUGUGGAACAGAUCUCCAAGACUUGCACUGGUUACCAUCUCCCUGCUGACACAAAGCACCAGAGGAAUGUAAAGUUAAAAAAAUGUCAGGGAGGGGGCUUCUCCCUGCAAAUUCCACUCAUAGACUCCCAUUAAAGCCCCAGAGGCAUCACUUUUCUUCCUCA